GCUGUGUAAGUGACACCACCACCACUGCUGCAUGUGACAAGGAAAGAGGGCCAAGCUAUCAGGUUAUGAAACCACACAAAUCCUCGGGUGGCCUGCAGCAUGAUGGGUUCACUUUGACCACAGCAGACAUUUGAAUGUGGCAGAUCAACAUGGACUCCCCAGUGAUGGCUCAGAAGGCGAGGGUAGUAGUGGCACCAGCGGCAGCCCCUGAUGGUGGCUACGCCCGGUUCAUCCUGCUCUCCUGCUUCCUGGUCUUUGGCCUGACCUAUGGGGUCAUUAAGGCCUUUGGUGUAUUCUACGUUGAGAUAAACAGACACUUUGAAGCCACAGCAACAGGAACAUCUUGGAUUACCUCUAUUGCCGUGGCUACCCUUCACUUCUUGGCUCCUGUAGCAUCUGCUUUGAGUGCUCGCUACAGCCAUCGCUCUGUAGUAAUAAUGGGAGGACUGAUGUGCGGCGUAGGAGUCGUGUUUGGGUCUUUCGCUCGUAACCUGAAUGAACUCUACUUGACAGUGGGGUUCCUGAAUGGUUUUGGCUAUGCAAUGACUUGGCCUACCACAGUGACCAUGCUGGGCUUGUACUUUGAGAAGAGGCGCCCAGUGGCAAACGCCUUGGCCAGCUCUGGAGAGUGCGUCCUUACCUUUGUCCUCACACCCUUAUUCCAGCUGUUGAUUGACAGCUACUCCUGGAGGGGUGCUUUGCUAAUCCUGGGUGGUCUGCAGCUUAACCUCUGUGUGUGUGGGAUGCUGCUGAGGCCCCUAAAGGCCACCAGAUACGUGAUUUGUGAGGUCAAAGCAGAGGAGGAAGGCUUGUCCCAGGAAUUGCUACCAAAAGACGACUCGGAGCAGAGUAAACCAAGCUUCCUAGAUGCAGAGGAGCUGAGAGUAUCUGAUGGUUCUGAUCACGGGACAAUCAAGGCAUUUCUUGAGGACCCUGAAGAAAUACCUAAUUCAACCAUGAAAAUACAAGACUCAAACAACAGGACUAAGAGGGCUGAACUAAGGACCAAAAUCCUUCGCUACGUAGACUAUACCCUCAUUACCGAUGCAAAAUUCAUGGUUUACUCAAUGUUUGGGGUGUUUGCUGCACUGGGUUUCUUUGCCCCAGGUCUGUUCCUGAUUCCAUAUGCUCGUAGUAAGGGGAUUGAGGAGUACCAGGCAGCUGCACUCAUGUCCAUCUCUGCAGUGUUGGACCUGUUUGGAAGAGUGUUCUUUGGCUGGUUGGCAAACUUGAGACUGGUGGAGAUGGUGCUGCAGCUGACAGCAACUAUGAUUCUGCUGGGUACUGUGUUACUCCUCUGCCCGCUGGCCUCUUCUUACUUAGAGCUGGCUGCUUUCAGCGCAGCAUAUGGUCUGAUGUACGGUGCUGCGGUCACCAUCCACAUCACCAUGCUGGCUGAGAUUGUGGGCGUCAAUAGGCUCGGAAGUGCGCUGGGGUUCUUCUUGCUCAUACGCAGUAGCGGAGGCCUGCUUGGACCGCCCAUUGCUGGGUUCUUUAUUGACAAGAUGAGCGAUUACGGAACAGGUUUCCUCAUGGCAGGAGUGUCCCUCAUCGUCUCUGCUCUGUUCCUGAUCCUCCUCCAUCAGAUGAACCGCAGGGGUCAGGGGUCGUCCACCAACAACCACCUUACAGACAAUAUGGGACAAAGCGUCAGAGCUGAAGCCAAAGAGCUAAACAUGACAUGAAUAAAGGAAAAAUGGUCAAAUCAAUGUUUUAUUAAGAUAUUCAAAGUAUUAGGGUACUUCGUCUUAAAUUCUUUAUUCUUUAAGUUUUUGUUGUUGAAAGAGAUUUACUGUUGUAUUAAGAUAUUGGUGGUUUUGGUGGUUUUGCAGUAUUUCCUAAGUGAAAGGGCAAAUUAUAAUAACAAUUAUGCAGGUGAAGGGUCUUGCUUUUUUUUAAACGUGAAACAUAAAAUUUAACCCUUCUCCCUUUACCUUGCACGGCAGCUGGAUUCUCAAAUAUCACACGAAAAUCCUAGCCUGACAUCAUCAUACACAGAUUCUACUCAGAAUAUGAGUCUGAUACCGCUCCAUUGGGCCGGGAUUAUGAGGGCGUGUUUCAACCGAACCAGGAAAGAAAAUGCCCCUGCUCUCAAUUGGAUAGACCUACAACCAAUCAGAGCAACGGAGUAUGUGACUUUUGUUUAACUUUUGCCGAAUCCCGUAGGAAGGACAGCAAAAACAUCUUUCCAAUCGACAAAUACCUUGAUCGUGGUUCUCUGUUCCUCUUUUAAAAUUAAUACGCUGUCUAUAUCUUUUAUAACCGACGCGAUGGCGGAUUCGACACAUCUCAAUUCUCCGGUGGCUGCCAUCUUUGUUGUAAAAAAAUCAACCCAAGCUCGGCUGGCAUCAGGCUACAAAAAUCCAUCUUGUCAGGCUUCAAAUCAGGUGUUUGUAUCUGAACCAUCAGCUCCUCCUGUGUGACAGUCCCAACGCAAAUUUGCGCAAACGUGAUAGACGGAUGGUUCAUCCAAUCACCUGCCAGGUUUUAUGUUUUUUCAAGUGCCUGCCUUUUUCCAAUGACAGCUAAGAUGCUUCUGUGUAACAAACCAUCUGGCGCGUCAGGUUAAUCCUCUCUACCCCAGUCAUUUCUGUACAGUCCCUCCAGUGUUCAUGUUGAAUAUUGAAUUCACUUUCUGAAAUGCACUAAAUUGUAGUAACAUAACAAACUGCAGAUACGUUUUAUUUAUGUCAGGAAUGUGUCAAUCGUAGAUUCUCAUGAAUUUUAAUUGAUUUCGAUCAAAGUCACAAGUUCACAAGUUGAUUCAAAAGGCAAAAACAUGUGUUCUGCAUACAGUAUACUGUCUUAAAGUCAUACUUUGUUA